UGUACACUAAUUUUGUGUUCUUCACCCCCGUUGACUGAAAACUGACAAUUGAUUUUACAUUCAGCGAACAACAAAUUAUGUCUAAAUUCUCGUGAAUUUCGUGAAAAGUUGCUGUUCUUUCCAUCGGAUUCCCUCGCCGUUACAUUUCUUCUUAAAGCUCUCCGUCCCAGCUGAUUCUUCGUUGCUUCUGGUCUGUCGAAUCCGGAAUUUCGGAUUGGCUUCACUUUGAUUCUUCAGGAAAAGAUCAGCUCGAUUCGUUUCGUGAAAUACCUUUUGCUUUUUUGGAGUUUUGUGAUUUUUUGACCUAAUUUUUUCACUGAAACUUCGAAGUUCAUACUAGAGAUCGAUAAUCGAAUCGCUAGAAUGCGUGAUUCAAUCCCACUGUACUCUUCUCCCAUCCGGACGGUGGAUAAUUCGCCUCUGCUUGGCUAUUCCGUCGCCGAUGGAUUCUUCCGAUCGCGAGGGUUUAUUCGUCGUUCGCCUCAGCCUCUUCGUGGCGCGGUUCGUCUUCUCCGCCGUGCAAGUGGCCGGCAGAUGAUGCUUCAAGAGCCCUCCGUUCGUGUUCGUGAAACCGCCGCCGAGCAGCUGGAGGAACGGCAGAGCGAUUGGGCGUACUCGAAGCCGAUAAUCCUCUUGGACCUUCUAUGGAACUUGGUUUUCGUCGCCAUUAGUUUCACUAUCCUAGGGCUCAGCACGAGCGAAAAUCCUUCUGUGCCGCUUAGGUUUUGGAUCAUUGGAUAUGCUUUGCAGUGUAUAAUUCACAUGUCCUGUGUUGCAGCUGAGUAUAAGCGGCGGCACUUGACGAGAGAGCCCACCGGAUUGGACCGUGGCAGCGACUGGAUGAGCGGCGAUGACUCGAAUUCCGCCUCUGGAAGUGAUGGAGAUGAAGAACUUACCGUGAAUGAAGAAGAACCAAGCAAUCUUGUGAAGCAUAUUGAGUCUGCAAAUACCUUGUUCUCUUUCAUCUGGUGGCUGCUAGGAUUUUACUGGGUCACUACUGGAGGCCAAGAAUUGAUAGAUGAUUCACCUCAGCUAUACUGGCUUUGUAUUACAUUCCUUGCUUUCGACGUCGUGUUUGUUCUGAUUUGCGUCGCAAUUGCCUGUCUUGUUGGUGUUGCUAUUUGCUGCUGUCUUCCUUGCAUAAUUGCUAUCUUGUAUGCGGUUACCGAUCAGGAAGGAGCAACAAAGGAGGAGAUCGAUCGCUUACCGAAGUACAUAUUCAACAGAACAUGUGAUGUCGAGAAAGGGAUUGGUGAUACUCAAGAAUCUACUGGAGGAAUAAUGACUAAAUGUGACACUGAUGCACCUACCAAGCAUUUUCUUCGUCCUGAAGAUUCUGAAUGUAGCAUCUGCCUCAGUGCUUACGAAAAUGAAACGGAGCUACGAGAGCUGCCCUGUAACCACCAUUUUCACUGCAACUGCAUCGACAAAUGGCUACACAUCAAUGCAACCUGCCCGCUCUGCAAGUUCAACAUAUUGAAGCUGAACGGUUCCAGUAGCGAAGAAGUGUGACAAAGCUUACGAGCGACGAAGUGCACGCAAUUGGUUUUGAUGGCUAGUGAGAGAAGGGGGGGCCUUGUUUGAAAGGGUCGCUCCUGCAGAGUUUGUUUUGAAGCUGCUACUGCUGCUGUUGUUGUAUGGUUAAUGUAUGUAUGUGCUUUGUUAGAGGGGAACUGUGUUUUGGAGUCCAUUGAAAUGAGAAUGCUAUAUUAAUGUUUUAUUAUGAUAACAUUUUAAGUCCUUUUUCUUUAA